ACCACUCUCUAAGACCCACUUUCUCACAAGCAUGUACACACACACUGUACACACUUUCUCCAUUUCUGUGUUGGGGGUUGGGGCUGUGUGUGUGCACGACAGUGUAGUAAAUGAAAGUGUGAAAUAAUAUAGUUGAGUAAGUGUAGUUUCAGUCAGUUUCUGUCCACACAUCUCUCCGUCGUGAUGAAGCCGAUUGUCUGCCUUCCUGUGUGCCUGGUGUUGUUCCUGUUCUGUAUCACUGCAGUAACAAGUAAGCCUUCUUCAAACUGUUGUUUGAAGACAAGCAACAAGAGAAUACAUAAAAACAAAGUGGUGGAUUAUACGAUCCAGAGAGCAGGACUUUGCCCCAUCAAUGCUAUUGUCUUGUUGACAGAAAAGAGGAAAGCAAGGUGUUCCGAUCCAGACUCAGCCUGGAUCAAAAACAUUAUGGCAAUGGUGGAUCAAAGAAAAAUGCAGCCAAAUCAAAACUCUGAUCCAAAAGACUUGCAGAGCCAAAAUGAAAGAAACACAGGAUAGAAAAAAAUGGAAGAGGAAAGGGAUGCAGACAGGGGAAGCAAUAAGGACAGAAAUAAAAACAUUUUGUGAAGUUCAGUUUUUACUGACUGAGUAAAUUUAAGAUAUUAUAAUAUGAUAUAAUAAUAAAUAAUAAAUUAUAUUAUUUUAAACCUUAAGUUAUAAUAAUACAAAAAAGUGUUGGAUAUACAGUAUGCUGGACUAAUGACUGUUUAAUGCUAAAUGUUGCCUUUAUCUCACUUUAACUCAAAAUGAAUGUAUUCUGCUUUGAAGGCUUUAUUGUCUCUUUAUCAAGAAUUUAUUAUUGUAUUUAAUGUUUUAUAGUUAUUGUUUAUAGUUAUUAGUAGUUAUAGUUAUUAAUAGUUAUUAUUGUAUGUAAUGUUAUAAAAUGUAUAUGUUUACCUGUGCAGAUUUUAUUUUGAAGUGAUUACUGACCCCUAAUAAAUACCAUUUAAAAAGUAUUUAGAAAAUGUAGAAAAGAUACCAUGUAAUGGCCAAAAUUUCCAUAAUGUUUCUUUAUAGGUAUGAAAAAAAGCAAAGAUAAAAAAAUAAAAUAAAAAAUAAAAAUAAAUAAAAAUAAAAAAUCUGCCUGUACAAACUUACAGAAUAGGUCAAAUGAAUGGUGCAGAGCAAAUAUUUUCACCACAAAGUCACACUGUUUCAGUUCUGCUUCAAAAACAACUGAGUGAUAUGCUUUUUGAAGUACAUGAAGAAAUCCUUGGAGAAAUUCAGUGAAAAAGAAGCUAUAUCCUACCUACACAUCUGAACACAAGAACAGGGUUCGGGGCAUCAGUUGAUUGGCAGGUCAAUUGUAAAUAUUGGCCCUGACGCUUGUACAAAAUUG